AUAAAUAAAGACCCUCAACUGAAAGCUAAUCCAACAUCAGUUUGUAGUCCUACCUGAACAACAAACAUGGCGGCAGGAGUGAUAAACACUGACCCCUACCGUCCAUCAGCUGUAAUACACACAAGUUACAAAACACAGAGGUGCAGCCCUUUACACACUCACGUGUAGUGCUGCGUUAUACAAACACCCGAGUUCCUGCUGGUAAUCUGCAGCAUUAAACACUGAACAGCACUGAGUUUUUUGGGAGGAGAAAUGAAAACGAGACCGACGACGUCAGCAAAUGCAUCUGAAUCAAAGGGCAAAGGCAAGAAAAGAGCCGGAGAGAAGUCUGGUUCAACUCUCGCCAAAAAACUACGAGACAGAAAAGAUGGAGACACAGCUAAACAAGGGUUUGCUGUCAAGUCUGCAGGAGUCCAGAAGAGAGGAGGGUACGGGAGCAUCCUGCACUAUAUUUACAAGAGCACUCUGGGGCAAAGUCUUAACUCACAGAUGAGACAGUGUCUGCAGGAACCUUUUGUCCGCUCGCUGGCGUCUUAUCAUUUCUACGGUGCUACCAGCCCCUUCGACCGCAGAAUCACCUGUCUGGAGUGGCAUCCCACUCAUCCCACCACACUGGCUGUGGGCUCCAAGGGUGGUGACAUAUGUCUGUGGGACUUUGAGGUGCCCACGAAGCAAACCUUUCUUCAAGGGAACGGAGCAGGGGACUUUAUCGGGGGGAUGAAGUUUUGCCCGACUGACCUUUCCAGAGUCUAUGUGGCUUCUGGUGAGGGCAGACUCACCCUGAAGGGCUUUGACGGCCGCGCCCCCACCGUUCUGUACACAACUCAAGACUGUGGCCACGAUCACCACAAUGUCUGUUACUGGUACUGCUGUGUGGAUGUCUCUGUAAGUCGACAGAUGCUUGUGACAGGAGACAAUGUUGGACAAGUUGUCCUCCUGGGUUUGGAUGGCCAAAAGAUUUUCAGUGGUAAGUUGCACAAAGCCAAAGUGACCCAUGCAGAGUUCAACCCUCGUUGUGAUUGGUUGUUGGCGACGGCCUCCGUCGACCACACGGUGAAACUUUGGGACCUGAGAAACAUUAAAGACAAGAACAGCUUCCUCCACGAGAUGCCUCACGAGAAAGCAGUCAACUCAGCCUAUUUCAACCCACUGGACUGCUCCAAGUUGCUCACCACAGAUCAGUACGACCAGAUUCGGGUCUAUUCGUCCCCUAAUUGGUCGACGCCUCAACAUAUCAUCCAACAUCCACACAGACAGUUUCAGCAUCUCACACCCAUCAAGGCCACGUGGCACCCCAUCUAUGACCUCAUCGUGGCGGGCCGCUACCCCGAUGACCGAGUUUGCCCCGGAGAUCAGAGAACAAUUGACAUCUUUGACUCCAACACAGCCGAGCUUGUGUGUCAGCUGCAAGAUCCCACCGCUUCAGGGAUCAAAUCUGUCAACAAAUUUAAUCCAAUGGGUGACGUGAUUGGAUCUGGAAUGGGUGUAACAGCGCUGGUGUGGAAUAGAAACAAUUCACUGAUCAGUGAUGGGCACAAAGCGCAGGACGAAACCAGGACCCCGCUGGAGAGUUUGAGAGUUCAGCGGAGGAGUCGGCAGCAGCAGCAGCGCUCCAGCAGGGACCGGAGAGGUCCUGCUGUGGAUGCAAAGCUCAAAAAGAAACUGGCUUCUCUGGAAGAAUCAGAAACCAAAGCAAAGACCAAGACUGGUUGUACUAAACAAAAACAAGUACAGAUGAGGAAGAAGUAAACUAAAAAAGUGUGGAUCUUUAAUCCAUGUACAUAUACUCUAAGCUUUGUUUACUGUUCGUUGUGUAUCAACUUCAGGGAUUGUUUAAAUGGUUUUUAAAAAAUGUUUCCGAUCUUCUUUUGUAAAGUGUUUUUCUACUGUACUUAAAUAAAAAAAUAUCAUGGUUCAUACAUAA